AUGGCGGGUGUUCGUCUUUCUCGGUUCUCACUUCAAAUCUAUAAAACAAUUUUGAUAAUAUUUCAAAUUGUUUACAACACAUCUCAUGCAUUUAAUGGUUUCUCAACAUUUGUUAUUCCUAAGGAGAAUGCUGAAAAUGAUGAUAGGCCGGUCGUAUCAUCUGAUUAUAUUGGUCAAUCACUCUCAUAUCCGGCAGGUGGAGACUUUGGAAAUGGGGCAAUUGAUCUCGGAGGAUUAGAAGUGUAUAAUGCUUUGUACUUCAAGAAAAUAUGGGAAACACACAGUGGUGGUCCAAAGGGUUUUGGUGUGUCAUUUUAUGAACCAACUUCCAUCCCAUUUGGGUUCAAUUUGAUUGGUCACUAUUGCAAACCAAACUCUAUGGCCAUGUUUGCAGUAGUUCUUAUAGCUAAAGACACCACAGGUGAUCCAUCACAGGGUGCCUUAAAGAGUCCCAUAGACUACACUCUUAUUUGGACUAGUAAAGGUUUGAAUGUAAGUCAACGAGAAGAUGGAUACAUUUGGCUCCCAGUCCCACCGGACGGUUAUAAAGCCAUUGGUCACAUUGUCACGACUUCACCUGAAAAACCCUCACUUGACAAGGUUAGGUGUGUUAGAUACAACUUCACGGAUUUAACCAAGGUGGACAAAUGGAUAUGGGGACAUAAGACGCGUUGGGGUUUGAGUAUAGUCCAUUUGCAUACUACAAAACCAAAAACUAGAGCGCUAAGUGUUCCAACAGGCAUGUUUUUGGCGCGAAAUGGCUCGAAUACACAUGAGUUAGCGUGCUUAAAGAUGGUCAAGACCGACCCUUAUUCUGCUAUGCCCAAUUCCUUACAAAUUAGAACAAUGAUCAAUGCUUAUGCUCCAUGGGUCUAUUUCCAUCCGCAUGAGCAAUACUUUCCAUCCUCAGUUUUGUGGUUCUUCGAAAAUGGGGCUGAGCUACACCAACACGACCAACCUCCAAGGCUUGUGAUCAACGAUGGCGAUAACCUUCCAAACAAUGGUACCGUGGAUGAUGCCUUUCUAGACCUUCCACAAGAUCAACCUUCCAAAGAAAGGUUACAAAAAGGGUUUUUGCCUAAUGCAAUCGCUUACAUACAUGUGAAACCCGCGCUAGGGGGAAUAUGUACUGAUCUUGCCAUAUGGUUGUAUUAUCCUUUCAAUGGGGGAGGGAAGUUUCAACUAGGACCUUUCACCAUAGAUUUAGGAAAGAUAGGGGAGCAUGUUAGCGAUUGGGAACAUAUAACAUUAAGGGUCGAUAACUUUCAUGGGACUCUAACUGCGGUCUACCUAUCUCAACACGCUAAGGGAAAAUGGUUAACGCCUAGCGAAUUCGAGCUCAUGAAUGGAACUAGACCAGUGGUGUAUGCAUCUUUGCAUGGUCAUGCACAUUACUCUACUCCAACUUCUCAUGUACAUGUGGCUGGCAUUCUUGAUUCAAGUGACAUACAAAUGUUAUAUGAUGAGCUUCAAAUAAUGAGCGAUUCAAGAAAAUCAUCAAUGUUCAAGGAGGAAAGCUUUUUUGGGUUUGGUGCUAGGGAUGAUGUUGCAAAAAGCAACAACGUGAUGGAUAUCGCAUCAACCUAUAAUGUUAUUUGUGUUGAUUACAUGGAAUCAGGUAUUGAACCAUGGUUAGAUUAUACAGGGAGAUGGGGUCCUAAGAUUACAUAUGAAUUUACAGAAGAGAUGAUGAUUAUUGCGGACAGUUUUCCACAUAUAGUGAGAAAACUGGUCAUUAAACUUUUGCGAAAGCUCCCUCCUGAGUUGCUUGGAGAAGAAGGACCUCAAGGCCCAAAAAUGAAAGAAAGUUGGACUGGAGAUGAGAGGGUAUGA